AUGCAGAGCGUGAUGGACACUGUUUUCGGGACCGGGUUCGAUAAGACGGACGUUCCCGACCUCGCGGGGAGGACGGCCUUGGUUACUGGCGGCAACGACGGGAUAGGCUUCGAAGUCGCCCGCGCGCUGGCGCUGUCCAAAGCUCGCGUCCUGCUGCUCGCAAGGGACGAGGAUAAGGGCAAGGAGGCGAUUGUCAAGAUCAGGGCGACGGAGAAUCCCGACGCGGACGUGGAGUUUAUGCAGAUUGACCUUGGGAAUCUGAAGAGCGUCAAGGAAGUCGCGGACAAGAUCGCGAAGCAGGAAGAGCGACUGGAUCUGUUGAUUGCAGACGCUGGUGUCGGUGUGAACAAGUUCGACGUCUCUGCCGACGGUAUCGACCGACACUUUUCGGUCAAUCACCUUGGCCACUUCCUCUUGAUCAAUCGUCUUCUUCCCCUCAUUCGGCACACUUCGACCAUCCCCGGCGCGCCCACUCCGCGUAUUGUCUCUGUUUCUUCCGAGUUGCACCGCGCCGCCCCGUCCUCGAUCAAGUUUGCAUCCGAGGAAGAACUGGGCGAGUCGGCUUCGAACGACAUGCCCAUGACUGCGGUAGCACUAUAUGCGCGUACGAAGCUAGCCUUGAUUCUGUUCACGAAGUACGGCCUCGUGGAACGGGUCAUCGUUCCGAACAACGACAAGAUCCUCGCUGUUACGACUCAUCCCGGCGCCGUUCACACCGGCCAGCAAGACCAGUUCAAGGAGGCGUACGGGCAAGUAUUUGGUACGAUGCUCAAGCACGUCGUGGUCCCCUUCAUGCGGAACCCUGAGCAAGGGAGUCUGAGCACGCUGUGGGCUGCGACCAGUGACGAAGUGGAGAAGAACGGCUGGCAGGGGAAGUACUUUACUGACCCCGGACAGUUGGGCGGCGAGUCCAAUAUGGCUUGCGACAGAGAGCUGGGCAAGAAUCUGUGGGAGCUCAGCGAACGGCUGGUGAAGGAGAGGCUGGGGCCGGAGGGGCUUCUGCCUUGGGCCAAGGACGCGCAGGCGCAGGAGCCUGGGAAGGAGGCGGAGAUGUCGCAGUCGGUCAACCAGCCCGAAGUCAGCCUCGCGUAG